CUCGGUGUUCAAGGCAGCCCGGCCCUCCUUUUUUUUAUGUUUCAUCUGGAAUGUAUUGAGGAGGCCACAUGAAGCAAGUACGCGCGCGGCCAAGAGAAAUCGAAUGCCAACGAUAGAUGGAGGGGUGGUUGUCGUGUUCUUUAUUGCAACCUUUGAUUGAUAAUGGAUCGACAGAAAAGGAAGUCAGAAAUACAGAAAGCCUUGACAUUCAUGCAAUCUUCCUUACCUUUCCCUGAACCACUGGAAUAUCAGGCAUUCUUACAUCAGUUGAUACGGAACUUGCUGGAGGAGGGCAAUGACUUGUACCGAGAAGGGGACUAUAAACAGGCUGUAGCACAAUACACAGAAGGUGUCAGUGUCGUGGAGUAUGCUGAAUCUGACUCUCUGGCCAUUUCUUCAGAGAUGCUGGAACAUCUCUUUGUUAAUAGAGGAGCAGCCUAUUUCCAGCUGGGUUUGUUUCAAAAAUCCAUUGAAGAUUGUGAUGCUGUGAUCAAACUGAACAAUAGCAAUGCAAGAGCUCUAUAUCGCAAAGCUAGAGCUCUCAAGGAGCUCGGUCAGGUGAAGGACGCUUAUGAAAGUAGUACCCGCUGCCUUUUGACUGUUCCUCAUGAUGAACAGGUGACUGCAUUGGCUCAGGAACUUGCAAGUAUGCUUGGGCUUAAGAUUCGUAAAGCUUACAUUGGACCUCAGAGUCUUCAGGGAUCACCAGGGGUCACUAGCAAUGGGGAAGCAGUGUUGCCUUCUGGAGAGGACACUACCAAUGGUGUACAGUGUCUGGAUGACAUUGCAGCAGUUCCAGAGUCAAGUGCUCAGUGUAUCCCGGCUCCUCUUGCUACCUCCAUACCAGUCAGUGAUGAUCCCUCUCCAUCCUCUCCUGAUCUGGAGGCAUCCAAAAGCACACAGUCUGGGGCACCGGGUGUGCCCUUCUCUGUUCCAGAGAGCAUUGACGAUUUAGUGGAUGGGGAAGUGAUAGGAGAAGAGCUGGAUAAUCUGUUGGAUUCUAUGUCCAAGAGCCAGGAUAUCCCAGUGGGCACCGCAGUCCAAGGACCAAUACCAACCAACCUGCCCAGCACAGUAGCUCGUCUCAUUCCCAUUUUUCCAGGUGGUGUGACAGCUGUGCUGCCCUCAGUAAUGCCCCAGAAUAUGCCCCCUCCAUCCACACAGUUGCCCCCUGCCUUUUUCACCUCAGUUGGCAAUAAACUGAACACUCUGGACUCCUUUGAUGUGUCUGGUGCAAGCCCCAGUUCCAAUACCAAGCUUGACUCACUAGAUACAUUUGAUGCUGCUGGAGGAUCAAUGGGGACCAGCAGGAUUGUAGCAGUGGGUAUUGGUCUUGAUUCUCUGUCCGAGUUCAGUGUACCAGGAUCACCAGCUCAAGCAGUCCUGAGAAGUGCAUCUCAAUCCGGAGGGCAAAUCUUCCACACCAGUUUGGGUGCUCUGCCAUCUAACGGUCCUGGCUUGGUACCUUCACAACAGCCUCUUCCUGGGGCGGGCUCCUCUGGAGUGUCCCUGCUUGCCAAAAACCCUCUGUCUGACACACACGAGUUCAGACAGGCCUGUCCUACCUGCUUCAUCAAGACAGGUCCCAAAGCCAUGGACUACACAUACAAGCCAGAUGUUGGUCAUAAAUGCAAGAAAGACAUCUUACUGUGUCGAAUAAAAGAGAGUGAAGAUCAGAGCUGGAAGAGAAUCCGUCCUCGACCUGCCAGGAACAAUUUUUUAGGGUCAUUUGUACUGUGCAAAGAGAUCCAGAGCAAACAGGAAUGCAAAUAUGGUGAGAAUUGCACCUUUGCAUAUUGUCAAGAGGAGAUUGAUGUCUGGACACAGGAGAGGAAGGGGGCACUCAACCGUGAGCUGCUUUUUAACCCUCUUGGUGGCAGUGAGAGAAGGAACCUUACUGUCUCUAGACUACUGCAAACCCACCAAGGGAUGUUCAUGUUCCUCUGUGAGGAGUGCUUUGAUAGCAAGCCCCGCAUCAUAAGCAAGCGCAGCAAGGACAAUCUGGCAGUGUGCUCGAAUCUGUCUGCCAAGCAUCUUUUUGAUAUGAACAAGUGCCUGGUUCAUGUGGUGCGAUCCACCACGGUACGCUACUCCAAAGUCCGCCCAUUGCAUCCCCUCUGCCAGUUUGAUGUCUGCCGGCAUGAAGUCCGUUAUGGCUGCCAGCGAGAAGACAGCUGCUCUUUUGCUCACAGCAUUGUGGAGCUGAAGACCUGGGUACUGCAGCAGGACUCUGGAAUCACACAUGAGGAGAUUGUGCAGGAAUCCAAAAAAUACUGGCAACGUCUGGAACAGGGUGCCCAGCGCCGUAAGCCCACACAUUCUGGAGUCUCUGCUAGUUGUCGGCAGCCUCGCAACUUGAACUUGAAGAUGAAGUUUGUUUGUGGGCAGUGCUGGAGGGAUGGCCAGGUUAGUGAGCCAGACAAAGAGCUCAAAUACUGCACUGCUAAAGCCCGACACAGCUGGACAAAAGAACGGCGGGUGCUGUUGGUGAUGUCUUUCGAGCGCAAGAAGUGGGUGGUAGUCCGACCCUUGCCUUUUUCCCGGGCUUUCCCGCAGCAGUAUGAUAUGUGUGUCCAUGUGGUUAAAGAAAAGAAGUGCCACUACAUUGGCAAGUGUUCCUUUGCACACAGCCCUGAAGAAAGAGAUGUUUGGACCUACAUGAAGGAUAAUAACAUGAGGGACAUGCAGCAAAUGUAUGAUCUUUGGCUGAAGCUAACCAACCAGAACCGCCAGGCUGAUGGAACCCUGCUCACCACAGAGCCAGAAGAGAAGCAAAUAGUUAUGCCCACAGAUUAUGCUGAGACUAUGAGUGGGUUCCAUUGUCGACUGUGUGGAAAAAACAGCAAUAGUGAACGACAGUGGCAGCAGCAUAUCUCUUCGGAGAAGCACAAGGAGAAGGUUUUCAGCAGUGAUGGGGAGGAGAAUGUGACCUGGAAGUUCCGCUUCCCUGGGAAAAAGUUUGAAAUAUGCGAUAAGCUAGCAGAUGGCUCCUGUUCAGCUGGCUCCAGUUGCGAGGCAGCUCACAGCUCAGAGGAGUUGGCAGAGUGGCAAGAAAGGCGCGACUUCCUGAGAAAAAAGCUGGCCAGGGCACGGGAUGACAUGCUGAUUGCUCCAUCUGACACCGACUUUGGCAAAUAUAACUUUCUGCUCCAGGACUGAGCUUGUAAAUCUUUUUUUGCAGCCCCCACCCCCCCCCAACACAAUUUCCUCUCUUUUUCCUCUAUUUGCUUCGUUAAGAUGCAUGUACACACUUGUUGUGUCACCCCCAGCCC